CGCUGAGACUGCAUUGCUGCGAAGUUUACAGUAGCCACAUUUGGAGUUUGGGAGUAACUCUGUAGCAGCGCCCAGGACAGUUUUGGUACAUUUCAGCUCGUCUUCUUGCUAGCAUAAACCGGUGUGUCUGUGUGUGUAUAUACAUGUUCUGAAGACGAGAAAACGUCAGUGAGCGGCAUGGAUACACAGAGCUAAGCUUUCCAUCUGCUGUCGAUUUGCAGGUAGAUGGUAGCUUUUGUAGUGCUGGUAGUUGGUGACUAGCUAACACGAGAACGUGCUUACGUGUGGGGCAUGAGGGCUUUAUUAUUUUAGUUUGUUACGCAGAUUCAGUAAGUUCUAUAUUUUCUUACUGAAAGAGGCUUCUGCAUGGUGGAAGUCUUAACCACCCAUAGUUUAGCUAGAUGUUAGUGUGGAAACUGCACUACGGGUAAUAAACUGACGAUUUUUGACUCUUGUGGGGAAACGUAACCAAAACAAAUACCACAUUGAUUCCAGAACAGCAUGCCUAUUAGGCGUUUUGGGCGUCACGGGUCUCUGGUCUCUCUUUCUCAAACUCCAAAGCUGUCCUAUGGUUACAAGAAAAUGAAUCUUUCAAGAAGUGGCUACCGUGUUUUUUCUGCUAACUCCACCACCGCCUGCACCGAGCUGGCCAAAAAGAUCACAGAACGCUUGGGUGUGGAGUUGGGCAAGUCACUGGUUCAUCAAGAGCCAAAUACAGAGACUAGAGUGGACGUGAAAGAGUCUGUCCGUGGACAAGACAUCUUUAUCAUUCAGACCAUUCCCAGAGAUGUCAACACGGCCAUCAUGGAGCUGCUGGUUAUGGCCUAUGCCCUGAAGACGUCCUGUGCCAAGAACAUCAUCGGGGUCAUUCCCUACUUUCCUUACAGCAAGCAGUGCAAGAUGAGGAAGAGAGGAUCCAUUGUCUGCAAGCUGCUAGCAUCCAUGUUAGCUAAAGCUGGGCUAACUCACAUCAUCACUAUGGACCUCCACCAGAAAGAAAUCCAGGGCUUCUUCAGCUUCCCUGUUGACAACCUGAGAGCUUCCCCUUUUCUCAUCCAGUACAUCCAGGAUGAGAUCCCAGACUACAGGAAUGCCGUAAUUGUUGCAAAGUCCCCUUCAGCUGCCAAGCGAGCUCAGUCCUACGCUGAGAGGCUGCGACUCGGGCUGGCAGUGAUGCACGGGGAGGCCCAUCAUUCAGAGUUGGACAUGGCUGAUGGAAGACACUCUCCCCCCUUGUCCCGCACCACCACAGGACACACCGGCCUGGAGCUGCCAUCCAAUGAAGGCCCCAGACAUCUUUCUUCUUUCCCUGGGAUGGAGCUCCCAAUGAUGAUGGCGAAGGAGAAGCCACCCAUCACAGUUGUUGGAGAUGUAGGAGGCAGAAUCGCCAUUAUUGUUGAUGAUAUUAUAGAUGAUGUGGAGGACUUUGUUGCAGCAGCAGAAAUCCUGAAGGAGAGAGGAGCCUACAAGAUCUACAUCAUGGCUACACAUGGCCUGCUGUCUGCAGAUGCACCAAGACUAAUAGAGGAGUCUGCUAUCGAUGAGGUGGUGGUGACCAACACUGUACCUCAUGAGGUCCAGAAGCUGCAGUGUCCAAAAAUCAAAACUGUGGAUGUCAGUAUGAUCCUGGCUGAGGCCAUCCGGCGCACCCACAACGGAGAGUCCAUGGCCUAUCUGUUCCGUAACAUCGCUUUGGAUGACUGAGGCAACACACACUUGCAUUUACAUUCCUGCACGCACACACACACACACACACACCGACGACUAUGAAUCAAGAUUGAACAUGUUUCUGCUUUAACCUGUUGUUUCUGUUUGUUUUGGCUGUAUUUACUGUAUGUGAGAUAAAAAGCAACUCAAACUCUGCUUUAUUCUUCUGAUAUGUUACACAGUGGGACUUUACAAACAAUACAAACAGUUUCACUUCACUAAUGUAUGCUUCCUACCAUCUGAAAACAUAAAUACCACGACAUAAUGUAACAUGUGCAUCCUCUCAGUAUGCCACAGAAUUUGGCAAAUAAAACAGUUCUUGGGGGAGUGAAA